UCAUACUAAAUAUAUCAUGAUAUUCUUAUAUAAAUUUUUUCUUUUACAAAUAUACCUCCAAUUAGUUACAAUUACUAUAAAAAAUUAUUAUUUUAUCUUACAAAAACUCUCCCAAACAUAUUUUAAAAACAAACCUUUCUUUCAUUUGUCCAUUUCCUAAUUUUUUCCAUUGGAAUCAUAGUGAAUAUUACCAUUCAUUUCUUCUCAAAAACUGGCCAAGCAAAGUUGGCCCUUUCCACUAGGAGAACUUUCUCAUCAAUCUUUUUCUUCUAUAUCUUUUACAAGAAAAACAAAAUAAUUAAAAAAUAUUUUAAAUUCUUUUAAAAAUAAAUUUAAACACAUUGUUACUUAGCUUGGUUGGUGGACGAGUAUGAUUGGGAACCCCCAACCCGUGCUCAAUUCCCCUCGAGCGGCAGGGCCUCUUAAGUGGGGCCCAAUCAAGUGCGGGCCAAGAGGUUUUUGCGGUGGGCACCUCUUCUAGAUCAGUCGAGGAUUUGUCACGCCGCUAAGCACCUUUUUGUAAGUGGCAGCAGGUGGAUUCCCAGUUCCAAAAAAUAAAUUUAAAUGAAAAAAAAAAAUCUCAUUUUUUCUCCCUCUUCCUUCAACCCCUCAAUAAAUUGAGCAUCUAAGCUCCUCAACUAACUCUAAUUAAAACAGCCCCUUUCCCUCCCCCUUCAAUUCUCUUCAAUGGCAAAAUAUCGAAACACGCUCCUCUUCCUCACCCUUCCUUCUCUCCUCCUUUUCUGCGUUUCCGCAGAAAAUCUCCGACGGGAUUAUUAUGCGGAUAUCUGCCCGAACGUCGAAAAUAUCGUCCGCACUGCGGUCACUGCCAAGUUCAAAGAGACCAUCGUCACCAUCCCCGGCACUCUGCGCCUCUUCGCCCAUGACUGUUUCGUUCAGGGUUGUGAUGGGUCUAUAUUGAUAGCUUCCACGCCGGAGAAUACAGCGGAGAGAGAUCAUCCCGACAACUUAUCGAUCGCCGGCGAUGGGUUCGAUACGGUGGGAAGGGCGAAGGAGGCGGUGGACGCGGUGCCGCAGUGCGAGAACAAGGUUUCCUGUGCGGAUAUUCUCGUCAUGGCCACGAGAGAUGUUGUUUAUUUGGCCGGGGGGCCUUCAUAUGAGGUGGAGCUAGGAAGACUGGAUGGACUAAGCUCAACAUCAACGAGCGUCAAUGGAAAAAUACCACAAGCAAGCAGUAAUCUUGAUCAGUUAAACGCCAUUUUUGGCGACCUCGGACUCUCUCAGGAUGAUAUGAUCGCUCUCUCUGGUGCGCACACACUGGGUUUCUCACACUGCAGCAACUUUGCGAACCGGGUCAGAAACUUCAGCAAAUACUACCCGGUCGACCCGACCCUGAAUCGGACCUACGCGGCCCAAUUACAGGAACUGUGUCCGACAAAUGUGGACCCCACCUUGGUGGCCCCUCUUGACCCUAUCACUACCUUGCGGUUCGAUAACCAGUACUUCAAAAACCUUCAGAUGGGCAUGGGCCUACUAACCUCUGACCAGAUCCUGUACGAGGAUACAAGGUCGAGGCCCACAGUAAAUAAAUGGGCUAAAAAUUCACACCUUUCGGCCCAAAGAUUUGUGAUAGCGAUGACCAGAAUGGGCCGGGUUGGAGUCAAAACCAAGCCCGGCCAGGGCAACAUCCGCCGGAACUGCUUCGCGUUUAAUUAAUUAUAAAUUUAAUAAGUUAAUAUUUGAUUUAAAAAUUUUUCUGUUUGGUUUUAUACACAAAAUUUUCCAUUUCACUUUGUUUCUAUGCUUCGGAAAAUUGAAAAAUUC